GUAGCCCUGCUGGACCGCAACUCCGAGGCCGGGCAGGAGAGCAAGGCGGCCCUGGACGAGCAGUUCGAAGCGCAGAGGACGGUGUUCAUCCCGUGCGACGUUACGGAUCCGGAGCAGCUGAGAGGUGCUUUCAAAAAAGUAAUUGAACAUUUUGGAAGGCUGGAUAUUGUGGUUAAUAAUGCUGGAGUGAACAAUGAGAAGGACUGGGAAAGCACUAUACAAAUUAAUUUGACAUCUGUGAUUAGAGGAACCUACCUUGGCCUAGAAUACAUGAGAAAAGGAAAUGGAGGUGAUGGAGGAGUAAUCAUUAAUAUCUCAUCUUUGGCAGGACUCAUGCCUGCUGCAUUCCAACCUGUGUACUGUGCUACAAAGCAUGGUGUAAUUGGAUUCACACGGUCUAUAGCA